AUAAGAUCCACACGACGCAUACAACCUACGCAAGCUAGCAGUCUACAACAAUAAUUAUGGAUUUUGGGAGCUCAGUUGUGUAUGCAGCCAAGGAAAGCACAGUGGAAUAUGAAGAGGUGCCAGAGAGCAAGUACAACCACGUCGUGAAGGGCUAUGCCUCAGGAGGUGCAACAGACUACCACGAUGAUGGAGAGACAUGUCUGCUUGAUAUUUUGGACACAGCAGGACAGGAGGAGUACUCUGCGAUGAGGGAUGCGUAUGUGCGCACUGGAGACUGCUUCAUGCUGGUCUACUCCAUCACCAGUAGGUCCUCCUUUGAAGAGGCAGGAGUCAUGCACGACUGGAUCACUAGGAUACGAGACCAAGAGAUGCCAGUGGUGAUCUGUGGCAACAAGUGCGACCUUGAUGCCCAACGUGAGGUAUCCAUUGAGGAGGGGGAGGCAUUCGCUCAACGUUUGGGAUGGCCAUUCUUUGAAACCUCCGCCAAACAAAACAUCAACGUGUCCGAGGCUAUGCAUGAGUUGAUUCGUCGUACUCCGCGCUCCAGGGGUAAGGAGUACAAGGUGGUAAUACAAGGAGCCGGGGGCGUCGGCAAGUCGGCUAUUUGCAUCAUGUUCACCUGUGGACAUUUUGUGGACUGCUACGAUCCAACGAUUGAGGAUUCGUAUCGGAAGCAGUGUGUUGUGAAGGGGAUUCCCCAGACCAGAGGGGGCGGAGCCUCCGGCAGCUCAAAGAAAUCUAAAAGCAAGGGAUUCUUCAAGAGCCUGUUCAGCAAGUCAUCAUCCUCAGCUGCUACGCCCACCCCCCAAGCCGAAGCUGAGGCCACACCCACUAAACCAGCCACUAAACCAAAGAACGAGAAGAUGGUACGAGUGAAGAAAGACAAUAGUAACGCUCUGGUGAUUCGAUUGGGUGGACUGGGAGGAGAGGUUACCGCGGCGACUGGAGAUCCAUGGUUCUGCCGAGGGUGUGGGGCGGCAGUGUCCACUCUAUCACAGCUAGCAACCUCCGGGCAAACCACCUCCUGGAAAUGUGAAUUCUGCUCGGAGGAUAAUCACGAUGUCGAUAUUUCCCCUGAGGCUGUCCCAACAUCAUCCUUUACAGACUACAUCCUGGAGCCAGUGGAGGUACCAAAUGACAAGGAAAAGCCUGAUAACGACUCUGCUACUGCCGACAGCACUAAAAAGCCUUCUAAUCGCAGUACCAUGGUGAUAUUUGCCGUGGACGUGAGUGGGUCUAUGUGUACCACUACCGAGGUGCCAGCCCUACAAGCAGAGUGGACUUCAGUCACUGGGAGGGGAGGGGGAGGAGGCACUCGUCAUAUCUCACGUCUGGAGGCUAUAAAGGAGGCUGUUAGCAGGCAUAUCGAGAGAAUGGCUCUCACAGAUCCUCAGAACAAGGUUGCUCUGAUAGCAUUUGACAACAAUGUUGAGUAUCUUGGGGACGGUGGAAGUGGGAAGAGUAAACUAGACAGUGGUAGCCUUACCGACUAUCAUGCUCUUAUGAAGACUGGUCAGACAUUUGGUAGUGAUCUGUCUCUCAGGGAAAUACAAGACUCACUCGGUGAUGUCAAGGCAUGCGUGGGUGGACUGUCCACUGGAGGUACCACAGCGCUGGGUCCAGCACUAGCACUCUGUGUGGGAAUGGCUUCAAACUUCCCCUCGGCCGAAAUCAUUCUGUGUACUGACGGUGUGAGCAAUGUGGGCGUGGGCAACUUAGGGGGAGGGCAGCAGAAUGAUGCCUCGUUUUAUACCACCAUGGGCGAGCAUGCGGCUGCCUCCCACACCUCUGUAUCUGUACUGGGUAUUGAAGGGGCCACCUGUGCAAUGGAGGCCCUCUCUGCGUGUGCCACCAUCACUAAUGGCACUGUCAACAUCCUCCACCCUCUCGAGAUGGUACGACAGAUAAGACUCAUCUCACAGAAUCCGACUGUGGCCACUGAAGUGGAGCUAAUGUAUUACCUCCACCCUACUGUGAGAGUGGACCGUCCCUCGGAGUCUAAACUGUGUCCGGUGGUGAAGGAGACCGUGGGUAACGCCCUCAAGCAGUCUGAUGUUAGUCUCAGCUUUGUGGUGGAUGCUACCAAACUCAAGAACAUUUCUGCACUGCCUUUUCAGGUUCAGAUCCGUUAUCGUCGCAAGGAUGGCUCCAAGUGGUUGCGUGUCAUCACUCAGUCUCGGGAGGUCACCAGAGACAGAGAGGUGAUGGAGAGCAAGGCUAACGUCGCUGUAGUGGGUGUGGCUGCAGUGCAAAGGUCAGCACAGCUUGCUCAAGAGGGGAAGAUACAGGAGGCCAGACAAACACUACACUCUGUGAACUGUCUCCUACGCCGUGGUGCCCAGUCUGACAGACAACAAGAGGAGCAUGCCAUCUUCCACGAGGCAGUUAACACAAUGGACUCCACCCUCAUGGCAGAGGAGAGGCACUCGGGACGCGGGGUGUCCGACUCAGCUGCCAAGAUGCUCCAUACUAACCGUAACGCAAACGUGAAUCAGUUCCUGUCAGGAGCAGCCAAGAGGGAGCUCGUGUCUCAGCGCAAGACAGGAGAGGCAGAGCAACAGCAAUACUAUGACUACAAGUUCACAUGAACAUGACUUUAUAGCUGCUUGUAACUUGUGCUUAUAACGCCAAAUGUUUUUAUUAAUCACACGUUCUGUAGCUUAGCUAAUACAAGGGAUUAGCACUUCAGUAUAUACGAGUGUUGGUACUUGUCCUUUCACUGUUUUUGCAAUUUUUCAA